AUGGCGACCAUUCUGUGCGGCAGCCAUUUUGUGCCAGCGGAGGUGCAGUGUGGGGAGAUGAAGAAUCCACAAUGUUUACCUGAUGAACUCCUUCAGGCCCACAGUGAGACCCAGGGCCUGGAGGUUGCACAGGAGUCUAAGGCUCUGGAGGAGGCCUGUCUCUCCUCCCAUCCUGCAAUGCCUGGCAAUCUGAAGGAGGCUCCUGAUGCUGGUAUCCCCAGUACCUCUGAGAGUGCUCAGGGUUUCUUCUCCUCCUCAAUUAUCACCACAGUCUCCUCAUCAAGCAAAUAUGGUGAGGGCUGCACUAGUGAAGAGGAGGAGGAUAGUACCUUAGAGGCAGAUCCAGACCCCAAGAAUGUGCCCAUAGAUGCUCUAGAUGAAAAUGUGGCUUCAUUGGUGAAUUUCCUCCUGCUCAAGUAUCAAAUGAAUGAGCUAAUAACAAAGGCAGAGAUGUUGAAGAUUGUCAGCAAAGGUUAUGAAGAUCACUUCAUUGAGAUCUUCCUGAGAACUUCUAUGCACAUGGAGAUAAUCUUUGGCCUUGAUCUGAAGGAAGUGGAUCUCACCAACCACUGCUAUGCCAUCUUCAUCAAAAUGGGCCUCACCUAUGUUGGGAUGCUGCAUGAUAAAAAGGGUAUGCCUAAAACUGGCAUCCUGAUUCUUAUAUUGGCUGUGAUCUUCAUGAAGGGCAACCGUUCCACUGAAGAGGAAAUCUGGCAAUUUCUGAAGGUGACGGGGGUUUCUGGGAGAAAGCACCACAUCUUUGGAGAGCCCAGGAAGCUCAUCCUACCUAAUAAAAUAUUGAAUUCCAAUAUUACACUAGUUUCAGAUGUACAACAUAGUGAAUAG